AUGACAGGGGAAGGGCGAGGAUUUGAGAUAGCUCAAGGCCAUUUGGGGCCUGGGCGAAUACACCACUGCAUGCGUUCAAUUGGACUAGCAGAACGAUCACUCGAACUUAUGGUUCAACGGUCUUUAGAGAGAGUGGCCUUUGGAAAGCGUUUGGCCGAAAAGGUUUGUAGAAAACACUCUUGUACAGUUUGAAUUCGACUUUUACUUCUCGAUUCACUAGGACAAUUACAGCAAAAAAAAAAGAAAAUAUAGAAUUAAUAAACGCGGACCGAAAGCCUUACAAAAACGAUAACUUAAAGUACAACAAAUGACUAAGAAAACGAGCAAAAAUUUCAGGAAAAACUAUACUUACAAGAUCUGUACGGCAACUCCGGAUACAACUAAGCGACUGAUUUACAUGAACCAAAAAUAAAACUUUAUACUAAACUGGACUGAAAAUAAUGAACCAAACGAACUUACAAAAAUUGACAAUAACGAUUACGUAACGCAACGCCGAGACUAGAAUACAGAAAGAAUACGCAUAUGAAAAAAGGCUAACAAAAGACUACUCCAAGCGCAAUAUCAAAAGCACUAAUUAAACUAACUUUACGCAACGCAAAACAUGAAAAAAUAAAGAACAGGAAAAAACUCGCAGUCUCUCGUGGCUACAAGGUUUGUAGUAGAAGGUUUAAGGUCCUGUUACACGACUGAAUCUGUUAGCCAAAGAUGGCAAUGGGAUCCUACUGGUAGCUAAAACGAGUUCGCCGGACGAUAAUGCUGAGAAGUUUAAGCAGGCGUUUCAACGUGUUGCCAACGAGGCUUAGGGACUAGUCAAGGCCACAAGUAGUAAUACCACUUACCUCAAUAGAUUACACUCGUGAUAAGGAACCCGUCGCAUGGGAGUCUUGUCAUGUAUUGCAGUUACUAAAACGUUGUAUCACUGAUGUUUCUUUAGGGAAUGGUACAGGAGCAGAUCGCUCUGUCAAGGAUUGAAAUUGAACAGGCCAGACUGCUUGUGCUGAAGGCCGCACACACCAUCGAUUGCCAUGGAAACAAGGCUGCAAGAAAACAGGUGGGUAUGUCAGCAGUAUUGGCAGCACAGGGCAACCAGGGCUGUCGGGAAUGUCACGUGUGUGUUACCCCUUAGUUCUAGUGUGACUUAACUUAAGUCACUCUCUUAAGUUAGUGACCAAGCCGAAUUGAUCUUCCUUAGUUGUUGCAACGUGCGUUCUUCGUUGGGAGCUUAAGCAACGACGACGGCGCCGAGAACGGCAAAUAACAAAAAAAAGAUUUAUAGGGUUUCAUACGGGUCAUGGAAAACCUGGAAAGUCAUGGAAUUUAAGCAUUUCAUUUUCAAGGCCUGGAAAGACAUGGAAUUUAAUUGUCAGUCCUUGAGAGUCAUGGAAAAUUGUUUGAUAGAUUAGUUACUGCCGAUGACAAGACAAGGACGAUAUAAAAUAGAGAGAAGUGAUUUUACAGCGCGAACGGCACGCAUUUUGGUGAACACCAGAGUUUGUGUCUGUUGAACUGUUUAAGGUCCAGAAAUACCUUAAAACAAAGAAAGUCCUAAAAAUGUUUGAAAGUGACAGCUAAACCUAAGAUCUUGGAAAAGUUUUAAAAGAUCAUGGAAAAAGUCAUGGAAUUUGAGGUGCUCAAACGAGUACGAACCCUGGGUUUAUAAUUAGAUUGGAAAAACAAAAUUUUUGCACGUGCAUCACGCUUUUUUGUACAUUUCUUUGCCGUCGCUACACAGCUACAACCGGUGAAAGUGCCUAAUUUCAAGUUUUGUCCAGGACUUGAACGAAGACAACGACUUUCUUGUUCUUUUCCUGACCUUUGAUAUAGUGUUUUAGAAUUCAACUCCAGAAAUUUUGCCAACAUUUGGCGAAUUGAACGAGUUGGAAUAAGCGCGAUAAAGUUUGACGCAGCGCGAAUUCACGUUUAUAGUGACGCUUUCGUAGACCUCGCCGUACGUCGUUGUCGCGUAAGCUCCCUAAUGUUCUCUAUCUCAACCUGAAGUUUGUCUGGCGGCUCUGUGUGAGAAAGAAAGUACGGAGCUGUGAACACGAAUGAAACAGCUGAACCUUUUCUUGUAUAUACGUCUGAUUUGGUAAAAGUAGUGUAUUGUUAUAGCGAGACUAGUUUGAUGGCAAAAAAUUCACCAGUGAUCUGUCUUGCUAUGACAAAUGAUAUUGAAUUUGCUUACCUGCUGAACCCACCAAAUUCCAGCGGAGAAUUGGUUGAAAAAGACUGUUUUACAUCGAUUGAGAACUUCACAAUUUAACUCUUGCAGAUUGCUAUGGCAAAGAUCGCAGUUCCUCGCAUGGCCUGUAACGUUAUUGACCGGGCGAUUCAAGUGCAUGGUGGGAAGGGAGUAUCCCAGGAUACACCGCUGGCUUAUUUCUAUACAGGAGCUCGGAGUCUGCGCAUUGCUGAUGGCCCGGAUGAGGUUCAUUUGGAGGCAGUGGCUAAACUUGAGCUGAAGGAAGCACUCAAGUCCAAGAUGUAA